AUGGAGAGACACAAGAGAGCCGUGCUUGUCCUUUCUACUUGCCAUACAGAUGACACAGUGCAGGUUCAACGGCGUGGACACGUUAUUCACAAGCCGAAAGCCAUAAUUGAUUACAAUCGUGGGAAAUCCUCAAUUGAUAUAUCUGACCAAAUGUUACAGUACUGCUCUACGUCGCACAAUUCGGUGGUCUGCUGCGCGAGGAAGCACGUUUACCAAGACCUUGAACUCAUAAGCGAAUGUUGCCAGCAGGUAAAUUCUGCUAUUCUCAAUGGACAUCCCCAGAACGUAGCUUCAAGGCAGGUUUUCUAA